GAGUACAGUUCGCUCGUGUGCAGACAUACAAAUACACUCGUCAUUCGAGAAGAGAGUGCAUGAGAAAAGAAACCGUAGUAGCAAAACUAGUAAGAAGAACCACACCACACAAACGCCAUACGUGCAUAUGUGGAGUCACGGGAGUGCCCAAUUGUUCGAAACGAAACGAAACGAAAAAAAAAAUCACUCACUCAAGAAUCGUUGUGAUUAUAGGCAACGAACGAAAAAUUCAGAUUGUUAGUCGAUUGCUGAGACGAGACACAUUCAGAUCGAAGAGAGCUGAAGAGAACAUUUUUCUGGUUACAUUCAAUCGCCGAAAAGUUUUUUAAAAAAAAAUACACUAAUUUAUAACGCGACCGCGCUAAGUCGAAAAGAGAAAAUUCAGUGUACAAUUUUCCCUUUGGCAUAAAUCGGUUUACAAAGUUAAAUUCGAUUUAAAUAUCGUGUGCAAAUUGCAUCAAGUGCUUUUAUGAUUAUUGUGAUUUAAAACACAGUUUACAAGGAAUUCAUACUUAUUCCCCUAAAGACAAUCGUGUGUGCACUGACACGUGGAAUAAAGACUGAUAAAAUCUGACUUGGUCGAUAAAGGUUCGGUCCGGGCGGUUAUUUUGUUUUUCAUUGUGAACAACAAACGGAAAAACGUUCUUUUAACGAUAAUCGAACAGAUUUAACGGUAAAUUUUUGAAAUUGGUUCUGUGAAAGAGCUGUUGCAUCGGUCAGCAGGAGCUUUUUUUUUUAAUGUGUCGCAUCGUGUAAGAACAAUCAAAAAUUCAAAUUAGUUGUAUACAUAAGAGAAAAAAAUCUUCAUCGAAAUUUCUAUGGUUAAAAUUCGAGUCGAAGAAGAAGUAGAACAAAUACAAAAGAAUUUCAUAUGUUCGGUGAAACGAAAGACGACGCAUUGAACCUUUUCAUUACAUUUCCCAUGUGUUUUGUGUGAACGAAGAAGAAGAAGCGAGAGGAAAAAAAUCAACGCAUACGAAAUUCGAUGCAUUUCCAGUUUUAAAAGUGCUCAUUUUCGGCUCCGAAAAAAUAUAAACGAUUUUAUUUUCUGUUUAUUAUUGUUCAAAUUCUCCCGUUGUUUUAAUUUGUUUUCUUUCGGGUGUUGCGCGUGCGCAUAAACAUUCGUUCGUAUACUGUUAUAUCUGCCCAUGCUGGUUUUGGUCGUGAAGCUGCGUCUUUUAGUUUGAAAUGUACAUUUCGCUGUUGUAGGAGCCAAACCGUAAAAAGCAGGUCAAGUUUAAAGAAAUUCCAAUCGGACAGAGUAUUUUUCGUUGCUGUUUGCUGCCAUCGCCGCCACCGACGCCGCCGCUACUUGUUGAUGAUUUCAUGUGCAUACAUGAAUAAUCUUGGUGGUUGCUUUCUUUCGAAAAUAUUUCUCUUGCUCACACGGUAAUUAUCAACUAUUUGGGAGCAAAAAGCAUAAUUUGAAGAAGAAAAAAACAAAGUCGAAGAAUUUAGACGAAGAAGAAUUAACUUGCAAAUAAUUUAAAAUUUAAACGAAAAAUCAAAAUGUGGUCUAUUUUGAUUGUGACAUUGUCGAUGGCAUUGGUUUGCUCUUCGGCCGAAGUCGGAUCGUAUGAUUAUGAUAAUAAAAUUGAAGAGAAUGCAGCUGCAAAUGAUCGUGACAAUUUAACAUCAAGCGUAUACGUUUUGCCCGAGCAAAUCUUCAACGAUGGCAAACCAUUUUAUGUAAAAAAAGAUGCAUCGGGAACGAUUGAUUUUAAUGCAAAAACAACACCCGAAUCAUUACCGUCGCCAACCGAUGCGGUGAUCAGUACACAAACCAGUGUCGUUUCCACCAAUGCUGUAAAUAGUACGCGUAAGCAUGACAUUAGUUUGGAUAAUACGAUUCGAACGCAAAAUAUUCACGACUAUUUGAAUUUACCGGUUAAAUAUCAAUCAUCAAAAUUUGUGUAUCCGCUUGUAUCAAGCUCAUAUGCAAAUCUCAAAUAUCAAGGCAAUAAUAAGAACUAUAUAUCUAAUCAUAAAUAUGAUUCAUCAACGAUGAAAUCGGUGGCAUACACAACGAAAAAAUACAAAUCCACUUAUCCAACGAAAUCUUAUGCAACAUCCUUUGCGUCAAAGACUAGCACAACAACUGAAUCAUCAUCGGAAGUGAGCAGCAGCAGCGGCAGCAUUAGCAACAUCAGUACAACAAAAGCAACACCACCAGCGACAACAACGAAUGGCACGCGAAAAUAUGCAAGUAUACCACCGCGAACAUCAACACCAGGACGACGUUAUACAACAUUGUCAAGAGUGAGCAGCACAACGGUGCGUAAUAGUUUGCCAAAUUCUGAGGGGAAAUAUACACGUGGUCGAUCAACGACAACAACAACAACAACAUCUCGACCAUACGAGGUAUCGGAAACUGCAUACGUUACUCCAUUAAGCACAUCUUCAACAUUUAGUUCGACUCUUGCACCGGAACAUAAGCGGAAAAAUGCCACCGAAGAAUCGGAUGGCAUGAAUUUCAGCGAUGUUUUCAAUUUUUUCAAUAUAUUCAAUAACAAUGAUGAAAGCGAUGAAACUGAAUCGACAAGACCGUCGACAAAAGCAACACCAUCCACAACGGUCAUGACAUUACGACCAACCAUUUCAACAACAAAUGUUCCAAAGUCGACAAACACAAAUGAAAUUGAAAACGCUCGACCACACAUUAAUCGCUACAAUAUUACAAUUGAUUCGGCAACACGAAAACCAAACAAUCGAACUGUAGUCACACCGGAAUAUAGUACAUCUACACCGCGUACAAACGAACCGAUUGGCGAUCGAUUUGUGUCAGCUUCAACGGUAUCUCCAUCGUUUGCAGAAUAUGGUGAGAAAACAACAUCAACACCAUUAAACGGUGGAAAAUUCCGUCCACCAGUCAAUGUAAAUAAUAUUCGUGUAUCGCCCGGCACAAAUACCGCAACGUUCGUAACAAAUGGACAGGUAUCAACUGGUCUUGGUAAUCAUCAUCAACAACAUCACAAUGCAUACAAAGGUCAAUUUCAACCGCCUGCACAAAAUCACAUGGAAAACAUUGUUAUUUUGCCCGAAUCAAAUUCAGCCACAUUUUUGGCCAGCGGUCAAUUGCAAACCACAAAUCAUUUCGAACAAAAACCAUUCACGGUGGAAAUUAAUCGACGACCAACGCAAAAUACAAUCGACGAAACAACAAAAUCCGGUAUCACUUUCAUUCAAAAAGGUCAAGUAACAUCGGCCGAAGCAUACGAUAUUUUGCAUCCGAAUAAUGUCGCUUUCCACGGGCCAUCGUUGAAUUCGAAUAAUAUUGUAAUUGCGCCCGGAACAAAAACGGCAUCAUUUGUAACAACAAGCCAACUGUCGAUGGGCGGUGAAAAAUUUUCAACACAAGAACAACAAAUCAAAAAUAUCGAAAAUGACAUUAAUGUGUAUGCAAGUGGAUUGCAUUCAACACAACGGCCACAUGGUUUCUUAUUGCCAUCAACAACAUCGAUACCAAAACCAGUUGCUGCUGUCAAUACGGUUAUCGCUCAAUCGGUCAGCAGCGAUGAAAAUCAAACACAAAACAUACGUUUCCCCACAGAAAAUACCGGCGGAGAAAAUGCCGAUAAAUUGAUUGCAGCCCAACAAACCGAAACGAAUUCAAAUGCAAAUAGCAAUAAUAAUAAUAAUACGAUUAAAUUUCCAUCGACAAAUCAAGUGCCACAAUCCAUUCCUCAGGCACCACAAACGCCCCCAAUGACACUAGUUGUUCCGUCCGGUGAAGGACUUGUUAAAUUCCAAGAUACGCGCAAUGAAAUUAUUGAUCACGGCAUCGAUCCAAGUAAUUACAAGCACAUCAUUCAAACACAGUCAUUACCGGCCACAAAUAAUUUCGUUGUAUUCCGUCCACAAGCAGCAAUUACCAUGCCACAAACAUAUAUGGGUAUGCAUGUGCCGCAAAUGAUUCGUAAAACACCGUUUGCUUACAAACAACCCACUUUCGUUCAUUAUCCACGCAAAAAUUAUACACUACCAAAUAUUUUACCACAAUUUCGACCAACGCCACCACAACAACCACUUAACCCAGAGAUCGCACAACAAUUGCGUCAAGGUCAACUAAAUCGCGCUCAAUACUUGUAUAAUACACAAAAUCUACGCUAUAAAACGCCUGCCCAGCAUUUGUUCAAUCAACAACAACAACAACAACAACAACAACAGCAGCAACAACAACAACAUCAGCAACAACAACGAUUACCAAUGCAAAUCAGACCAUCAAUCGAUCAACUACAAAAUCGACGUCAUUUCGAAUUGCAUCCGGGCAAUAUCAAUCAACGAAUUUACGAUCAACGUCCAAUGAUCGCCCAUUUGUACAAUCGGAAUGCGUAUGGAGCGAACGCAUUACUCGUCGAACCGCAACGUAUCGAAGAAAAUAUGAAAGUUACAGCGACAAAUGGUAAUAUGGAUUUCGAAAAUGGUGACGGCAAGUUGAUUUCUGUAAUGCAACAACAACAGCAACAACAACAGCAACAACAACCAAUUGUCGAAAGCCACAAAGAAAUAUCCACCAAAGUCGAACCAGUCACAACACUUCAAAUGAUUCAACAUCAACGACAAUUGCAAAAAACCGGUGGAAUUGUUGCCAUGAAUGGUCUAUCGACAGUCAAUAAAAAUGCAACAGUAACAGCACCAAUUCUAGCAUCACAACCAUCAUCAUUAUCAUCAUCAAUGGCAGCGGCGGCAACAAGUGAUGCAAAUGGUAAGUCCGAGAAACCAAUUUAUCUUGUAUAUCCAAUGGAAAAACAAUCGAUGGCCGCUUUCAAUCAGAUGCAACACGGAAACGGUGGUGAAAUUGCCACUAUUUUGGCCGAUCAAAUGCAUAAACCGGCAACAAUCCAACAACUUGGAUUACCAUACUCAUUGGAAAAGAAUAAAUCGCGUUACAUACUCAACAGCCGACCUGCUUAUGAAUUCGAGAAAAAAUCAGAACAACAACAACAGGACCCAAUUGCUGCCGCUGAAAAUGACGAAGAAGACAGUGAUCGUCCCAUAGCUAUUGCUUAUUCGCCAACUGAACCAAAUCCAUCUCAUUUGGCGGAUGUAUAUCGUCCGACGCCAGCUCAUCACAGUACUCCCGUCUUUGUGAAUGCAGUUAACGAUGAAAAUCUCAAUGUAAACCAACAAUUUCAGGCACCAUUCAUACCAAGCAUUAAUUUGGAAAAUACCCAAAGUACACACAAUGGUUGGUCAAUUGUAACGCCACCAACCGUUGCUUUUGGCGGCAUAAAAACCGAAUCGAAAAGUAAUCGUAUUAGUGCAUCGCUUAUAAAUUCAAAUGCAUCGUCAUCAUCAUCAUCGUCGUCGUCGUCGUCAUCGUCAUCGUCAAUCAGUCGAUCUGACAGUGUCGAAACGGCUGAAUCGGUGGCCAGUGUUGAAAGUACCACGAAAAAAUUUAAUUUUGAUAGUUUUAAGCCCGAUUUUCAAAGUGGUUUCAUACCAAUCUACAAAGGUACCGUUGCACCACCACCGCCAGCAUCAUCAACAUCGGCACCAUCUUCCCCAUCAUCGGCGGAGAAAAGUGUUGAAACUCCCGAAAACACAAAGGCUGACGAUAAAUCUGAUCGAUCUGACACCAGUUUAGAAUCCCUAUUUUAUGACGAUGAUGAAGAUUAAUUUAAAGAAGAAAAAAAAAUCGAAAAAAACCUGACUAUACUUCUAGAAUUAAGUAUAUAAAAUCGAUAAUCUAUUGACCGCGAUUAGUGUUGCGCGUGCGCGUAAACUAAAAUAAAACAGUUAAUUUGUGUUUUUGAUUAUAUUUUUCAAUUUAAAAUUUUUUAGUUUUGUUUUUGGAUCGUUGACCAAUUAAAAAUCAAUAACCGCUAUUCUCGACAUUCUUAUCGCGGCGACAAUGUAAUUGAAAUGCAAAACACAGAUACACACGCGCGCACACACACACACAUACUCGAAUUAGAAUAUCGAUACACUACCGUAAUACUUUGCUGAUUUUAAGUAGGCUAACUAACUUAUUAAUUUAUACAAAAUGAAAUGAAGAGAAGGUGACAACAACGGAGAAAGAACAACAACGAACAAAAAAAAUAUUAAUUUUCUAAUAGAAUGCAGAUUAUUUAGACAUGUAAAUUUAUGUAGAGAGGUAGAACCAUAAGAUAAAUGAGCGAAAUAGAGAGAGUCACAUAUUUCUGAGGGAUUUCACUUAGGAUGCGCUCGCACAUAAGAGCAACAGACAGACAAAGUUAUGAAAAAAAACCACAGUGUUAUCAAAUCAGCCAUAAUAAUAGUAGCGGUAUGAAGAAAAAAAAUGUAAAAGUUAUUUAUGUAAACAAGAUAAAGAGAAGAAAAAAAACAACGCUGUGAGUGAAUAAUGUGAGAGUAAUCGUGUCAAAUUCUGAUGCUAAGAGACUUAUCUCGUACCAUUUUAUCCAACAAGCGAAUAAACGAUGAUAUUUAAAGUUAAAAUUCAGGUUCUCGAUGCUUGUUGUUGUUUUAUUUCACUCGUUUCAAAUGAAAGAGACGCGCGCGCAACACAUGAAAUAACGCUCGUGUGAAAUUGUGUAAUUUUUGUAAAUGAAAAAGCGAAGAAAAAACUCCUUGUGAUUGCAACAACCAACUAAGCAAUCGCCAGAUGAAAAGAGUGAAAAAAAAAAAACGAAUCAUUGCUAUUUAUGUGUAAAACUUUUCAUUUUUCAUUUUCAUUCGAGCGAUGAUUCGACAAAUUUUGAGAUAUAAGAAACAUAUUCGUUAUGACGCACACAUUAAGUUACUGAUCCAAAUCAUUUACACACAGUUAUUACAUAUUUUUUUAAAAAUGUAAAUUCCAUUUAUAAUUUAUGCAUAAUUUGUCUAUCACUUCACUCUAAUUUAGCGAAAAAAAAAAAAACGAAAGAAACAUUAUUUAUUUAUUUAAUUUAUUAUUUAUUCAUCUUUCGUAUGAAAUCGAUAGUUGCAAUGGCCAUUUUAGAGGCGCGCAAAACAAUUGUUUUUCUUCCAUAUUUGACGGGGAGGUUGCAUACAUUGAUUUAGUACCCAUUUAUUUAUUAUUUAUUGAAAAUAUCUAGAUAUGAGAUAAGGAAGGUGAGAGUACUGUACCCACACACACGCACAUUACAGACAUCGAAGAGUUUUCAUGAAAUCAAAAUUCUCGCUAAAAUAUAAUAUGCUGAUCGAAGUUUCCAAUUUAAUCAUGUGCUUGCACAUUUACACAUCGAGUAGGGUUUUUUUUGUACUUCCAUUCCAAAUCGCCCAUUUCCAUGAAAACACCUUAUCGAUUCAGAGAGCAAAAAAAAAGCCCCAGGCAAAUGAAAUAUUAUAAAUGCGACCAAAGCACCAAAAAGAUAAAUUUUAGAGAAAUAUAUUUAUAUGCACUCAUUUCACUAAUUACAGUUCUCUAGCAGAAAAAAAUCAAAUGAGAUAUUAUGUACCACACAAAAUUUUAAAAUGCAGAAAAACAGCAAACACAAUUCGAUGUAGUUUUUAAAAGACAUGUUUUAGUUUUUUUUUUUUGUUUUUUUUUUCUCGUUCGUUGCUCACACACUCUCCCUCUCUUUCGCGCUCGAUAGAGAUAGUGUUUAUGUUUUCAUUAAUUUACUUCAAUGCAGAAAAAGAAGGAAAAAAAUUAUAAUGAAAUAGAAACUGUUUACAUAUACUACUAGAUUGUAACCGAUCUGGAAAAAACAACAGAAU